AUGCGUUUGUGGUUUGCUGUGGCUUCUGUCUUUGUUCAUAUCUACCAAACUCCUCGGGAUCGUUAUCCAUCUGUGACUUUCACAUGUGUGAUCGCGAUAACCAGUCUUCUUGCGACAGUGGCCCUUCUGCCGGUGGAUGUGGCGCUCGUCUCAUCGACAGCCUCGUCCAAGCUUGGCCAGCGGAAAGACUGGGCUACGCAGGAUGAGGUUGAUAAGAUAACUUCCUCCUUGACAGUUGUAUAUUACAUCCUGUAUUCCUUGGAUGCAUUACUUUGUCUCCUGGGAAUUCCAUUUGCGUAUUUCUGGUACGAUGGAUAUGACGAGAUUGCGACAGAAACAGGCCAGCAAACGGCUAGGCAGCGGCUUUUGGGAACCCUUAAGUACACCAUGACAUUCGUUACGAUUGUGGUUAUUCUGUUAGUUGUCGGAUUCUUUUUCCCAGUGACGAGGAACAAGAAUGGCAUGGACCUGGGGUACUUCAAGAAAUUAUUGAGUGAAGAUCAUUGGGAACGUGCUCUGACCUUUGCCCUUGGGGCGCUAAUGACCGUCGGAAUCUGCCUUUAUGUCCUGUAUACUUCCUCGGGUCUCUCUCUCUUCCCAAUCAGCUUGAUCAAGACCGCCCCAUCAAUCUCCACCUUAGGCUCGCGAGACAGUACGGCAGUACGACUAGAGACAAAUCGUGAGCAGCAACGUCAGCUUGAAGGCCGUUGCAGAGGGAAUCCCGAUCUCCUAUCGUCUAGUGAUCGUGGGGAGCUCGAUACUCUUGCUCGGGAGGAGAGGACACUUACUCAGCGACAACGCCUGGUGGAAGAAGCUCAGGGCGAAGCUUGGAGCUGCUUUGUUAUGGCAUGGUUCAAGGUAGAUUCGGUUUUCCGUCCCUUCAAGCUCCUGGGUGGCAUUCUACUGCUUUUGUUCGCGUCCAUUACAUGGAUGUCUAUGCUUUUGACGGCAGUUGACAAAGCCAAAAACUCGACUUGCAAGAACCUUUGUGGAUAUAUCCUCGGACACGUCAAUUUUUUCAAUCCAAUCAACUGGGCUCUCAUCCAGUCCGCCAAUAUAUUUCCUAUUGACUAUGUUAUGUUCAUCGUGAUCGCCCUUUUUUUCUUCUGCAGUUCUGUUGCCGGGAUCGCUGCAGUGGGAAUCCGCUUUCUGUGGAUCAGAAUCUUCGAAAUUCGACAGGGACACACGUCUCCCCAAGCUCUACUCCUAGCUACCGCUAUGUUGAUGCUAAUUAUCUUAGCGUUGUACUAUUCUAUCUCGAUGGUGGUUGCUCCGCAGUACGCAACAUUCGGCCCACAAACAUUCUGUGAUCGUGCCCCUGAACCGCCCCUGGACCAGUCGGACUGCUCAAGCAACAAAGACCUUAUCAAACCAUGCUCGGAGCUCGCAGACAACCCUGCGGCACAGCAUGUUUGCACACCCUGUAUUGGCAGCACCUUCCUUAAUCGCGUCACUCUGAAUUUUCCUUUCUUUGGCGCCGUGUUCUUUUGGGCCCAGUUCCUCUUUCUUGGCAUUUCUCUUGUCACCUUUCUCGCCUCUCUGUUUCGCACCCCGAAUUUGGGCGAAAGACAGCUCGACGAAGCUACCGAUGAGGCUGAGGAGCAAGGACUAUUGGCUACCACGGGCAGACGUUUUAAUGCUAACUGGCUGGACAUCACCGGCAGGACCAGCCAAAAUGAGCGCACUGAUACUUGA